AUGGCAAAUCAGCUCAACCAGAUAAAAAUAGAGGAAGGUUUAGAGUAUUAUUUUUGUUCCAAUCCUAGUGAAUAACCUAUUGAAUCUAAAUCAACCAUCGAGUCUGUUAAAGAACUUGCUGACAAUCUAAAACCUUAGGUGCCGAUCAAGAAAACAAGACGUAAGACUGCAAGGAAAACAUACAAUAAUGGUCAUUGGACCCAAAAGGAACAUCGUUUAUAUUUGUAAUUUAUAGAAACAAACAAGGAAAUUAUGAUGAAAUCAGACAUGAAGAAACAAGAGAAGAUCUUUAAAUAGAUGUCUCUCGUGAUUCGAACUCGAUCUCCAUCGCAAUGCAGAUCACAUCAUCAAAAAUUUAAUCCUUUCUGA